AUGCCAUCUUACUUGUAUAAUCAUCGUUUUUCUAUUCAAAUAGUCGAUCAAGAAAAUAAUGACAAGACAGUAUUACAACAUUUAUCUGCUGCUUGUAUUGCUCAGUGGGUACAACAAAAACCAAAUGCAAAGGCAACUAUGACCUUGGAUAAUGGUGAUACUGUUAACUUACCUGUUUAUGCUCUCAGACGUCGAAAUGCUGUGGUAGCUCAAUUACCUGAUGCUCCUUCUAUUACUUUUAUUAUAGAUAUAUAG